CACUGGCGGGCGGGAUCCCUCCGCUCUGGGGAGAGCAGCGCUGGACGGUUGAGUUGGGGUGACUGAGGAAAUCCAUCCGCGUCGCCGCCGCUGCCGCCUCCGCCGCGGAGGAAGACAGGACCUUCCGUGCUGCUCUAGCGACCCCUCGCAGAGUCCCACCGCCACAGGCCUCGGGCCAGCGGUGAGGAGCUGUCUCCCCCAGCCCCCGUCCCGCGGCCCCCAGCCGCCCCCAACCCCGCCCCACGGGCCCGGCGCCAUGAGUGAGCUGGAGCAACUGAGACAGGAGGCUGAGCAGCUCCGGAACCAGAUCCGGGAUGCCCGAAAAGCAUGUGGGGAUUCAACACUGACCCAGAUCACAGCUGGGCUGGACCCAGUGGGGAGAAUCCAGAUGAGGACGCGGAGGACCCUCCGCGGGCACCUGGCAAAAAUCUAUGCCAUGCACUGGGGGACAGAUUCAAGGCUGCUGGUCAGCGCCUCCCAGGAUGGGAAGCUCAUCAUCUGGGACAGCUAUACCACCAACAAGGUCCAUGCCAUCCCUCUGCGCUCCUCCUGGGUCAUGACCUGUGCCUAUGCGCCCUCAGGGAACUUUGUGGCCUGUGGGGGGUUGGACAACAUCUGCUCCAUCUACAGUCUCAAGACCCGUGAGGGCAACGUCAGGGUCAGCCGGGAGCUGCCUGGCCACACUGGGUACCUAUCGUGCUGCCGCUUCCUGGAUGACAACCAAAUCAUCACCAGCUCUGGGGACACGACCUGUGCCCUGUGGGACAUUGAGACAGGACAGCAGACGGUGGGUUUUGCUGGACACAGUGGAGAUGUGAUGUCCCUGUCGCUGGCCCCUGAUGGCCGCACCUUUGUGUCAGGUGCCUGUGACGCCUCCAUCAAGCUGUGGGAUGUGCGGGAUUCUAUGUGCCGACAGACCUUCAUCGGCCAUGAAUCAGACAUCAAUGCUGUGGCUUUCUUUCCCAAUGGCUACGCCUUCACCACGGGCUCCGAUGAUGCCACGUGCCGCCUCUUUGACCUGCGGGCCGACCAGGAGCUCCUCAUGUACUCCCACGACAACAUCAUCUGCGGCAUCACCUCUGUUGCCUUCUCCCGCAGCGGCCGGCUGCUGCUCGCCGGCUACGACGACUUCAACUGCAACAUCUGGGACGCCAUGAAGGGGGACCGUGCAGGUGUCCUCGCUGGCCACGACAACCGCGUGAGCUGCCUCGGGGUCACUGACGAUGGCAUGGCUGUGGCCACAGGCUCCUGGGACUCCUUCCUCAAGAUCUGGAACUAAUAGCUGCCACCCUGCUGGGCCCAGGCCAGGAGGGGCCCUGCCCAUGCCCACACUACAGGCCGGGAGCUUUGGGGCUGGGUGCACACCAAGCCCCCCCCCCCCCCCCCCCGGGCCACAGGGCCUUGGGUCCCUGC